CCGGGCCUGGCCCCGCUGAGCGCUCGCGUUCAGUGCUCCCGGGGCUCCAGGCCGCUCGGAGCUGGCAGUGCCGGCACUCCCGGCCUUCGGGCAGCUCGGUACCGGCGGUCCCUGGCGCUGCGAGGCCUCGCCGCUGCCCGAGAGUACCCGCUGGCGGUAAACUGGGAUUGCCGGGUCAGCGGCUCCGAUAUUGCGCUCACCGCUGCCCACCGCUGUCGGAGGAGCCAGGCCGCAGCGAAGCUCUGGCCGGUCCCCGGGCCGUGGCCGUGCUUCCCCAGCCCUGAUGCAGGACUGUCGGAGGCCGUACCGGCAGCGCGGCCCCGGCUGCCGCGGGCACAGGCGCGCCCACCCCGCUGCUCUCUUCCCGCGUGUCACGUCACCCACCACCCACCCGAUGGGGACACCGUGUCCCUCGGGCCGGGCUGUGCCCCUCGCUGUGGGUGGCACCGGGGGUCACGGGGGAUCUGUCACCGUCACUGCAGCCGCGGCCCCGGCAUCUGCCGUGUCAGGGCUCUGCCAGCACAAAGCCUGAAUGGUUGUGAARCAGCUGAAGAAAGGUGAUGCCAGCCCCAGCAAAGAGCCCCCUGCAUCCCCUUGCUCGUCCCCAGUUCCUGCCGACCCUGGGGGAUCCUGCUACCUCAUGGAUGUGCCUCGCUGUCCCCCUACUCAGCAGCUCUGCUGCGGUUGUCACGGACUGCGUGUGUCCACGAGCACACGUAUCCUCUACACGCUCCUGCAUGUCCUGGCCUCUGCCGUGUGCUGCCUCAUGCUGUCCCGCACUGUGGCCCAGGCUAUCACGGAGAAGAUGCCCUUCUCAGUGGUGCUGUGCCAACACCUGCCUGGGGGCACGGMCUGUGAGCGGAUGGUGGGCUCCUCWGCCGUGUACCGGGUGUGUUUUGGCACUGCCUGCUUCCACCUCGCACAGGCUGCCCUGCUGCUCAACGUGCGCUCCAGCUCUGACUGCCGUGCACAGCUCCACAAUGGGUUCUGGCUGCUGAAGCUGCUGGUGCUGGUGAGCCUCUGGGCUGCCAGCUUCUUCAUCCCUGAGGACAACUUCAUCCAAGCCUGGCACUACACAGGUGUCUGUGGGGGCUUCGCCUUCAUCCUCAUCCARCUGGUGCUGAUCACAGCCUUUGCACACACCUGGAACAAGAACUGGUUAACAGGUGCUGCACAGGAUAAGCGCUGGUAUCUGGCUGUGCUGCUGGCCACAGCCAUCUUCUACACCCUUGCCUCUGCUGCCUUCUUCUUCCUCUACAAGUUCUACACCCACCCAGCUGCCUGCCUCCUCAACAAAGCACUGCUCACCAUCAAUGGUAGCCUCUGUGGCAUCAUGUCUUUCAUCUCUAUCACACCGUGUGUGCGGCUCAAGCAGCCAAGGUCAGGGCUGCUGCAGUCCUCRAUCAUCAGCUGUUACGUGAUGUACCUCACCUUCUCUGCACUGUCCAGCCGUCCCCCAGAGAGAGUGCUUUACAAGGGGCAGAACCUGACUGUCUGCUUCCCGGGGGUCCGGCAGGAUGAGCUGCAGACAGAGGACACCACCGUUGCUGUGCUGGGUGCUGCUAUCAUGUAUGCCUGCGUGCUCUUCGCAUGCAAUGAAGCCUCCUACCUCGCUGAGAUCUUUGGGCCGUUUUGGAUGGUCAAAGUCUACAGCUUUGAGUUUAAAAAACCCUCCUGUUGCUUCUGCUGCCCUGAGAAGAUGGAGGAGGAGCUGAGAGGUGAAGGUGGGUGCAGGAUCCAUGUGGCAGAGUGGGCAGAGCCUGUAUGCCAGCCUGGGAGUGUCGGUGAGGGAGGGGUGCCAUGCACUCUCCCAGGCACUGACCAGAUAUGUGAGCAAGUGGAGGAGAACGCCAGGGGACAGUUCAUCAUCCAGGAUGAGCAGGACCGGGUGGCCUACAGCUACUCAGCUUUCCAUUUUGUCUUCAUCCUUGCUUCGCUCUACGUUAUGAUGACACUCACCAACUGGUUCAGCUACGAGAAUGCAGUGCUGGAGACCACCUUCACACAUGGCAGCUGGUCAACCUUCUGGGUGAAGGUGUCUUCAUGCUGGGCCUGUGUGCUGCUCUACCUCUGGCUGCUGCUGAGCCCUUUCUGCCUCCAUGGCUCCCCACAGCACCGGCGCAGCAGCACAGGGCCACGCAUCGUGCGGCGCCGACGUGCUCCACAGCGCAUCAACGUCUCCACAUAGUCCCUGCCAGGAGAAACUGUGCCCAGGGCUGGUCCCUGCCGUGCCCCGUGUCUGUGCCGUGGCUGUGCUUGGUCCUCCUGGCCUCUCCUGAUCCUAUAUCCCAGGAGAUGGCAGCAUCUGGGAACUUGAGGGGAACACAGGAGGUAGAUGCUUCCAGAGAUACCAGCCCUGUGCUGAGCCAGGGCCACCCAAAGGGCCGGAGCAAGCUGGUAGCAGGUGCUCAGCCCGCAGCCUGGUUGCCCUGGCCCCAGGGGGGUGCACUGGGGGAGCGGGGCUCUGCUCUGGCCACCUCUGCCGUGAUGUAAAUGAUACUGUGAUGUAAAUAUCUCCUUCAAUACAUUUUUUAUAUAAAACUCUGAA